GAGCCUCACCAUUAUCUUCAGCGCGUGGAGGCUUUGAUUUGUUAAAUCAAGGAUUUUUGCUAUGCUUCAAUGGACAGGAGGAUCCAGACGGAAAGUCAAAACAAAAGUCAAUACAAAACAGGCAGCACCAGUACUUUCAGCAACGCAAGCGUCAACAAAGAGCACAACUUCUGGAGAAAAGUGUUGGCAAUCCAGGGAAUAUAUCACAGAAUAUUCAAUAUUCUAAGUCACUAGAUGUUGCCAGUUUGAUGAAUAUAUGCUCAGCUGCAAAUGCUACAAGUCAGCCUGAGCUUAUCACAUCCUCAGAAGUUUGCAACAAAGAGAAGGGAGUCUUGCAGAGACAAGUGGGUUUGAAAAAGGAGCAAACUAAAGAUCAUAUUCAUACAACUGUCGUUGGAUUAGACAUUGAGCCUCAUCUUGUUCAAGAUGCUUUCCUCAAAGCAAACAGUGAAACUCAAUGGAUGCCUUCCUCUGCUAUAGAGGUUGCAAAGGCCCCAGAACAUACUGAAGGCCCUGUUCUACCCGAUCUCUAUGAAAGUUUUCAAGAAAAGAAGCCUGGAGAAUUUAAGGACCAAAGUUCUAAAUCAAAUCAUCCCCCAAAGAAAUUUUCUCUUCUAGACAUCAUCGAUGAUGAUAGGAAAAGUGGUUGUCAGGAAAGGUCUCCGAUGGAAGUAUAUGCAGCUUUUUCUCUUGAAGGCACUGGUAAAAUAAGGGAUCAAACACCAAAUAAUUUUGCACCAAUGGAACAAAAAAGUUCAGUUUUCACAAGGGUUGAUGAUCUAGGGUUUAACCUUCCUGCAAUGCCAAUGAAUGCAUCUUCACAAGGAUGGGAGGAUGAAAAUCACAAAAAAAAGAUCUUUUCGGAAAAGUGUAGUACAUCUGAGUUAUUUACACCACCAAUUGGAUCCCGAAAAAAAGAAAAAAUUUCCAUUAAUGAGAGAGAGUUUCAAGAAAUUUCCCAUAUUUUUUCUUGGGAUGGAUGUUCUCAAACAAAUGUUUCUUUUAUGGACUUUAUACCUUUGCAGACUGAUUCGAGCAUGUUAUAUGAUAAUUGCUUGAGAGAUUCUAGUUUUCCUAAUGCAAGGUGCGUUAUGGAUGAGAUAUCCAACAUGUUUAGUGGAGAAGACAAUUCUUAUUGGAGUACUAUUACAUUGAACAAAGAGCAGGAAUCGAAAGGCAAGAGUUACAAAUUUAAUAGAAAGGAUAUUCAAAUGGCAUCCAUAAAUUUUUCAGAAAACAUUACUUUAAAUAAUAAGCCACACCAUAAUGGAGUGUGCAAAAUGGCAAGCCUGAGGAAUAACGUGAAUGGUAUAGCUACUGAUCUAGAUUGUUCAUCAUCAAGUACCUUCAACCCACAUUUUACAACAAAUUUUGGAACAGAAAAUGGUGAUGACAUCUGGGAUACUUUCAGCAUUGAUGAAACUCUUUCAACCAACAUAGGGAACAAUUCUUGGCUGUAUGACGUUCCUGUGGAAAGGAACUGGUCGCAAUUUGAAAACAUGCCAAGGCAUUUGGCUGACUUUUUAUAUCUAAGAACAGAAAGUUAUAGUGUCAAAGACAUUAUUAAUGAUGAGUUGGAGAUUGAUGGCUACAGAACAAUACUGCCAUACUCGCCAAAUUUCCACAAUCAAAGGCUUUGUGAAAUGCAAGAUGAUACUACUCUAGAACAGUUUGGCAUUGACAGUUCUAGGGCUAUGUCUGGAGACUCACAAACCAGUCCUUAUCUGGGAGAAUUUUCUUUUAUGUUAAAAAAAUCAGAUUUAAGUUUGAUGAAAAGCCAUCCACAAACAAAAAUGAAAGUAACCAUGAACGUAAUGAGUGAGUUGAUGAAUGAUAAAAGGGAUUGUAUUGAUUCAUCCUCAUUUAACUCCAGAUGCAGCUAUGAUGAAACUUUUCAAUCAAAAUUUCCCACCACCUCAAGGCCUGAAAGUGAAAAAUCCAAGUCAAUUGUCUUGGGAAAGAUGGAGCUUGCAAAGGAAGGAAAUAAAAGCAUUUCUUCUCCUCUCUAUUUUUUGGAAAGGGAGGAAAAGAUGAAGUAUUUAGCAAUUCCUCAAAAUGAAGACCAAAACAAUUGUAUUAAAAAUUUGGACAAUAGGAUCAAACUAAACACAAUCUUUAGCAGCAACAAUGUAGAGAAAAAAUUCCGUUCAGCUGAUCAAUGCAAAUGUAAAGACUCACAGAGAAGGACAUCUCAAGAUUCUGAAAAUAAAUCAGUAGAUUCUAAACACAAAUCAUGUAGUUUUCAGAAAGAAUCUUCAUUUACAUGUGUUAACGCAAUCUUUAGCAGCAAAAAUGUAGAGAAAAAAAUUAGUUCAGCUGAUCAAGACAAAUGUAAAGACUCUCAGAGAACGACAUCUCAAGACUCUGACGAAAGAUAUAUAGAUUCCAAACACAAAUCAUGUAGCUUGCAGAUAGAAUCUUCAUUUACAUGUGUUCAUGGUCAAGAGAUUAUCCAGCCCAGGGUAACUCAAAAUCAUAUAGAUGAAGAUCAUCAUCUUGAAGUAGAAGAAGCUCAAACCAAAGAAAAGGAAACACAAAAGGCCCCCGUCUUUCAUGAAUAUGAACACCUCACAAUGUGUUCUAAAGAAAACCUCGAUGCAAAGCCUAAAAGAUUGGAAGAUUGCAAAACUCAAGGGCUUUCCAAAGAAGGUUAUCCAAACAAGCAAUCUCGAAUUGACUUAUCAAGUUUGCCAGUGAUGAAUGGAAACAAGAUUGAGCCUCAAGAAAACAAGCCAAUGAUGGAUGACGUUGUUUCCAUGGAGUACCAAGCCAUGCUUGAGAGUUAUAUUUUGCAACUUAGCUGCAUGAAUAAAGCUUUACAACAAACAUUGGAUGAGGAAAUCUUUGAUAAAGGGAAUUAAAUUGAAUGAACUCCCAACCUCUUGCAUUUCAUAUUUCAGAAUUCUAUACUCCUUUGAUAUGCCAAAUCUUCAGAGCAGAUUUUCUGUUGAGAUGUAAUUCAUGGUUGUAAUAGUGUCAAUGGAGAUCAAUCUUAUUGAAGGAUUGCUUCUCAAA